GUGGAAUCCGGUGUAAACAGAGAAGAUGUGGAUGGUGCACUUUCUAUUUUUCGAAUUGGAGCGGGAGGCUCCGGGCUACUAUCCCCUCCCAAGCGAUGCCCAUAUAUAUUGUCUCCUCGACGUCCUCUGCAAUCUCCUUUUCCUUCCUCUUCAUCUGCCUUCAGCCCUGUCAAAGCUGACAGCCCUUCGAAUCGACGUCCUGGUCUUCGAAGAGACUUUGUCCUUCAUACUAGAUACAAUACACCUAUCUCUCCUGUCACCCAUCAUCAGCUUUGGAAGCACCACACUCGUUUGUUCACGUCUCCAUCCGGCCUUCUCGCUGCAAAGGGUAGCCUUAAGUAAGACAAGAUGAAGAACCAAAUUCUUGAAGCCAGCCUUCUGUCAACGGCUGUGCUUCUCAUCUUGGUUCCAGUAACCCAGGCAGUGCCCCACUGGAUGAAGCCACACCGUCGUGAGUAUGAACCGCGUCAGUACUCGGUUUAUGAGCCUCCUCCGUACGGUGGGUACUCCUAUGGAGGCUAUGGCCCUCUUCCCACUAUCCAGAGCAGUUCAAGCUCCGGCGUCUCAAGAACUUCCGAAGACUCUGGAGAAGCUACUUCCUCCAGUCCUGAAAGCUCCAUCUUCAGUUCGUCCACGGCCUUUGAGUCAACCGAAACUUCUGUCAUUGAACCCAGCACAGCCACUGGUUCAUCUUCUGGCUUGCCUACCUCCUCCAUUUCCAGCAUCCCUCACAGCUCACCAACAACGUCGGCUGCUCCUACAUCAACUGCUCCACCACUGGACUGCCAUCAUAACAACUGUCUACGUGAAUUCAUUCGUUCACCGACCAUUGUAGCGGGGUUUUGUGCGACAUAUACCAGCACAAUAAACACUGCAUCAGCCGGACUUCCACUUUUUGUAUCCCAAUGCCACGGUUCAUCUUCUCAAAUCUCGUCUGCCUGCUCGUGUCUCUUCCCUAGCACUGCUACAAGUUCCCUUCUAUCUUCAACAUCGCUUCAUCCGAGCACGUCUUCAAUAGUUGAAGAAACCUCAUCUUGGGCGAGCAGUAACUUUCCGUCCGAAAGUUGGAGUACGAGCUUUCCGUCCGAAAGUUGGAGUACGAGCUUUCCGUCCGAAAGUUGGAGUACGAUUCCUUCAUUAACUAUACCAGGAGUUGUGACAUCACCGUCCUUCUCAACUAUAAAUACUCACGAAUCUACCCGGUCAGCUUCGAGUUUUCCAGGUUCCGAGACAACACCUUCAUCACCUGGGUAUACGAUUCCCUCCUCCCUACCAACUUCCGCUCCCACAGUUUUAUCAAGCACCAGCGUCAGCGAGAGUAUCACUCUAUCGACUAGUCAAAUUACCGAGACAAUCACAGAAACAUCUUCUAUCAAUUUGUCUACAUCAACAUCGGGGACGGGAUCCAGCCUCCUUCAAUCAUCAUCCACCUCUUCAGUUCUAUAUCCGAGCUCGACUGUUUCAAGUGACACAUCAAGUACAAUAUCCACCGUGGGUGGCACGACGACAAUUCCGUCAUCUCUUCUGAGUACGGUAACAGCGCCCUCCUCCACUGGGUACUCGUCCUCAGUUGUUAGUGGCAUCACGGGUGUAUCACCCACCUCGACAUCUAACUUGACCUCGUCCAUCACCAUCACAGUGCCAACAUCUUCAAGCUUGGCACCUUACCAGAACAGCAGCUCGUCUUCGAUUGUUGGCCAAAGCAGCUACUCUUCUUCGUCAAUUCUGUUAUCCACUGGUAGUACACCUACGACAUCGAUUCCUGUCCCACUUAGUACCUCGCCGCAAUCUAGUAGUUCGUUAACAUCAGGUAUCCCAAGCUCCAGCGCUCCCCCUUUCCCUGCAAAUUCGACUUCUUCUGCAAGUGGGACGGGAAUCUCAACAUCAACGGGUUUCGUUGCAUCUAGCGGGGUUUUGCCUUCUUCAGGACUAUCUUAUACCUCAUAUCCCACGUCCAACUCAACUUCAAGACCCAUAGGCACCAGCAGUUCAAUAUAUACUGGUGUCUCCAUCGGUACGAGCUCAUCAAGUGCAGGCGGAAGUAUCACAAGUUCUACUCCACUUUAUCCAAAUUCAACUUCUAGUCUGUCAACUGUCAGGCCAUCAGGCUCCGCUCCUUUCACUUUGUCAUCCAGUGUUUCUGGAUCUUCGACGGCACCAUAUCCGAUACCUUCGAACUCCAGUUCUCUUGUUGGGCCCACUGGAACCGUAGGAUUUUCGACGGCGCCUUAUCCUACGUCCUCCAAUUCAAGCUCUCUUGUUGGUCCUACCGGAACCGGGAGCUCCCCUUCGACCACAAGUCUGGGAGGAGGCGUUGGAACGUCAUCGUGGCCAUCAUCCGUUCCAUAUCCGACAGGCUUUAAUUCAACUUCUCUAGUAGGACCAACUGCUUCUGGUAGCGUUCCAUCAUCAACGAGCCUCGCAAGCGGAGUCACUACUUCCAUAUCUUUUUGGUCUACAACUUACACCGCACCUUCAUGGUCUUUCAAUUUCACCUCUCUUGUUUGGCCGACAGGUACAGGAAGUAGUAUGUCGAUCGGACCGAUUGUGACGAGCAGCUCACCAAGCACCUCGAGCAUUUACUCAUCAGCUGUCUCAUCCAACAGCGGAGUAACAUCGUCCGUAGUUGGUGGAGUCUCCACCAGUUCUGUGAUUGCAUCCACUGUUCAAAUAUCAACCUCACAGGUCAUUUCCACUUUUGUCACCUCAACUGGCACGGCACCAGUUAGCAGUUCAAGUGUAAUCGUCGAUUCUUCAGCGAGCUCGUUAUGGUCAAUCCCAAGCAGCCCAGGCUACUACGCCCCAUCUUCCACAGUAGCCCCAACCGAUCCCACCAGCCAGAGUUCCUUCAUUGUCCCUCCAUUUUCUACGCCGAUCGGGCCCGGAUACUAUCCACCACCUCCGAUCGGGCCAGGCUACUAUCCCCCACCUCCGAUCCCAACCCCUUCUCAUCGCCGUGGGGGUCACCAUCACCGCGAAGGGGAUCACCACCGUGAAGGCGACCAUCACCGCGAAGGGGACCGCCACCACGAAGGUGACCACUGGGGCCAUCAUUGGCCCUGGUGAUUACUGACUUAGUGAAUUUAUCCACGCAUC